GCGUAGCGUCAUACAUGUUCCCGGGCGCUCAGCGUUUCCUGCACUGGUGCAUGGUGGUCGAACAGGAGGAAUUGUUGGAAAUUUUUCUGAGCUGAAGCAUGCUCUUGGCCCAGAUAAACCGGGACUCCCAGGGAAUGGCAGAGUUUCACGAUGCAGACGGGCAGCCAGUCACACUCUGUCUGACGGAGGCUGUGACGGUGACAGAUGGCGAUCAGAUGGAGAGCAUGGACACCGUGAGCCUGCAGGCCGUCACUCUUGCGGACGGAUCCACUGCGUACAUCCAGCACGACUCCAAAUCGUCCUUCUCGGACGGACAGAUCAUGGACGGCCAGGUGAUCCAGCUGGAGGACGGCUCUGCUGCCUACGUUCAGCAUGUGUCCAUGCCUAAAGGAGGAGGGGACAGUUUACAGCUCGAAGAUGGACAAGCAGUUCAGCUGGAAGAUGGAACAACAGCCUACAUCCACACACCCAAAGAUGCAUAUGAGCAGAGCGGCCUACAGGAGGUGCAGCUGGAGGACGGCAGCACCGCCUACAUCCAGCACACCGUGCACAUGCCCCAGUCCAACACCAUCCUGGCCAUCCAGGCCGAUGGCACCAUCGCAGACCUGCAGGCCGAUGCCACGGCCAUCGACCCCGAGACCAUCAGCGUGUUGGAACAGUACACCACCAAGGUGGAGAAUAUCGAAAACCCCUUGGGAUCCUUCGGCAGAGUGGAAGCAGACAAUGGCGUCCACAUGCGGAUUGUGUUACAGGGUCAAGACAACCGGUCAGGAAGGAGCUCAAACGUAGGAGAGAAGUCUUUCCGCUGUGAAUACGAUGGCUGUGGGAAGCUCUACACCACCGCACACCAUCUCAAGGUACACGAGCGCUCCCACACUGGAGACAAACCAUACGUCUGUGACUAUCCAGGCUGUGGGAAGAAGUUUGCAACAGGGUAUGGACUGAAGAGUCACUCACGCACACACACAGGAGAGAAGCCAUAUAGAUGUCAAGAGCUGAACUGCUGCAAGUCCUUCAAAACAUCCGGAGACCUUCAAAAGCACACGAGGACUCAUACAGGAGAGAAGCCUUUCAAGUGUCCGGUUGAUGGCUGCGGCCGGUCGUUUACAACCUCCAACAUCCGCAAAGUUCACAUCAGAACGCACACCGGCGAGCGGCCGUACUACUGCUCCGAGCCCAGCUGUGGACGGUCAUUCGCCAGUGCCACCAACUACAAGAACCAUAUGAGGAUACACACUGGAGAGAAACCUUACGUCUGCACGGUACCUGGCUGUGAAAAGCGCUUCACAGAAUACUCCAGCCUUUACAAACACCACGUGGUUCAUACACCCUGCAAACCUUACAACUGCAACCACUGCGGGAAAACCUACAAGCAGAUCUCGACCCUCGCCAUGCACAAACGCACAGCGCACAACGACACGGAGCCCAUCGAGGAGGAGCAGGAGGCCUACUUUGAACCCCCAACAGACGCCAUUGAUGACCCCAACGUCAGCUACACGACGGCGGUGGUCGAGGCGGAUGACUCCGGCUCGGAGCAGGCUCCUGUGGAGAACUCAGACAUGAUUUGUCAGCAGCACGUUGCCUUGGUAACGCAGGAGGAUGGGACGCAACAGCAGGUAAUGGUCAGUAUCUCUGAGGCAGACCUACAAGCUAUGGGUGGCACAAUCACCAUGGUAACCCAAGAAGGCACGACCAUAACCAUACCGGCCCACGAACUGGCAACGCAAGGUACUCACUCGGUUACCAUGGUAACGACGGACGGCUCAGAGGAACAGGUGGCCAUCAUGACGCCGGACAUGGCCGCGUUCCAAACCGUGGAGGAGGCCGGCUACAGCCAGGAGCAGGAUGACAUUCAUCCCGUCACAUUACUGGCCACCUCCAACGGCACUCACAUUGCUGUGCAGCUCAGCGAUCAGCCCUCGCUGGAGGAAGCCAUCAGAAUAGCAUCAAGAAUACAGCAGGGAGAGUCGCCGGGCCUGGAUGAUUGAUGGACUCAUUACGGACCAUGAUUUAGGAAUUUACAAAAAACAAAACAACAUCUCAAUUGGACUAAAUCAACGAGAGAAAUCACAAGUCUUCCUCCAUGUUUUGUUUUUCACAAAAAGAACCUAGCUUUUAUGUGUACAUAGGAUUUUGAUAACUGGAGUUCUGCUAUGCUAUUUUCUUCCCCAAAACCAGAAAAGUAUGGGAGAGGGGAAAGAUGCUUUCUUAUGUUUAUGGUGCACAGUGCAGUGUACAGCUAAUGCUAUUUCUAAUAAAAAAAA